CUCAGCAACACGCUGCUUUUUGUGCGGAGUUUAACCCACAUUGCGACGCAGGAGGUUCAGAACUACUUAACUGGAACCGUCCAACUUCAAGUGGGCUUUAUGCUUGUUGAAGCUUCGGAGCCUAGUUAUCUUGGUUUAGCUUAGCUUAGCUUAGCUUUGCUUCCGAACAGAAAAACGUGGUUCGUCGCUUGAACAUCAAGUUGGAGCCUCCUAAAGUGUGCAAAAUGCGAGCAAGAAGGACGCCAGCCGAAAAGUUAGAGGCGGAACUUUGUGGUGCGAAAGAUCAGCAACAACAUCAACUAUCGAAUGCUUGCAAAAUGCAAGUAAAAGUUGUUCUUCGCAGGCUACCAGAUCUAUAUGUCAGCCAAGACCAUCGUCCUGAGCACCAAGAGUCUGCAUGCAUCAAAGAGGAGGAAGAGUUCAGACCCAUCCAAGGUUUCAGCAAAUAUCUUGGUCCUGAUACACAACAGCUAAAGAGAGAAGUACAACAUCCAAUCAAAAAGGAGGAGGUAGCGCUGCCAUACGUUAAAGAGGAGGAUGAUAUCACCAUGUCGAGUGGUGAGCCCUCGAAUGGCGAGGAUGGUCCGAGUGAGGUUAGCAGAGGGACUGAGCCUCAAAGCGGCAGCAGCAGCUCAACAAAAGGACACAUUUUCAUUGCACCAUCAGAUAGAAAAGGCACCACGUCACAUUCCCCUUACAAAGAUGGUGGUCAGAAGAAAUCUCACGGUGACGGCCAACUCUGCAAAUGCUCUCAGUGUGGGAAAACCUUUCCUAAUAACUAUGCUUGUCGUAAGCAUAUGAGGAGCCACACUGACGAAAAACCUUUUGUCUGCUCAGUUUGUGGUCAAAAAUUCACUCAGAAGAGAAACUUGAUAAGUCACGCUAGAACACACACUGGUGAAAAACCUUUUUCCUGCUCAGUUUGUGGAAAAAGAUUCACUCAGACGAGCAACUUAAACACACACACAAGAACCCACACUGGUGAAAAACCUUUUUCCUGCUCAGUUUGUGGAAAAAGAUUCACUCAGAAGGGCGCCUUAAACACACACACAAGAACCCACACUGGUGAAAAACCUUUUUCCUGCUCAGUUUGUGGUCACAGUUUCACUAACAAGAGAAACUUAGAAACACACACGAGAACCCACACCGGUGAAAAACCUUUUUGCUGCUCAGUUUGUGGUCAGGGAUUCACUUCAAAGAAAAUCUUAAAAGUACACACAAGAACCCACACUGGUGAAAAACCUUUUUCCUGCUCAGUUUGUGGUCAGGGAUUCACUCACAUUCACCACUUCAAAGUACACACAAGAACCCACACUGGUGAAAAACCUUUUUCCUGCUCAUUUUGUGGUCAAAGAUUCACUCAAAUUCACCCCUUAAAAGUACACACAAGAAUCCACUCUGGAGAAAACCUUUUUCUUGCUUAGUUUGUGGUCAAGGAUUUGAUCACAAGGCUCGGAUUAAGAGACACGUGUGUGUUGAUGUGAGAAGCAGUGGCCGAUGACUCUUUUGCCUGUUAUCCAUCCAUCGUCAUCCAGGACGAUUGUAUUCUGGAGAGCUUCCUCAAAUCCUGUUGAGGAUUGUCACUUGUAUGAUGUGGAUCCACACUUUUGCCAAAAGUAUUGGCUCACCUGAUUUAACUCUCAAGUUGGGUGACAUUUUUAUACAAUACUCUCCCUCUUUCAAACUACACUUUUCAGAAUUAAUAUUUGAAACAGUAGACCCCAAAUUACAAAAAUUCUAAAUCAUUCAUCAAUAAUAUAAUUACAUAAAUAUAUAGAAUUAUGAUUGACUUGCAAAUAUUUGUUUUUUGGGGGAGGGGUGAUAAUAUAUAAUUUUAAAAGUUACUAUUACUACUCUUGAUUGACAGUGACAUGUUACGACGGAGUA